AUGCGGGUGCAGUAUAGCGUCGCCGGGCGAGAUCGCAGUCGGAAGUACCUCGCCACCCUCAUCACCGGCGUCGACGGGAGGCCGUUUAGCUUGGAGAAUAUGCAGUUUGUGGAGAGCCCGAGGGCGUCCUCGCUGGGCGGCAGCGGCGGCCCGCUGAACGACAGCGCCGCAUCCGGCGGUGGCGGCCAAAGUCACUUUAACGAGCGAACCGAAACGGGUGUCGAGUUUCGACAAAAACGACAGCGCGAGGAGGACGACACCCAGCUGCUGCUCUUCGAGGAGGAUGAUUAUGCGGUGAUUUGA